AUGAAGAAGAAACCAUCGACCACGAUCCCCGAUUCUGAAGAUGAUGCACCAUUCAGUGGAACGUCAUUCAAAGAUUCCUCGCCCCUCCCUCAACCGGUACCCCUGCGAUCGGGUGGGUCUUCUCAUUCCAAUUCACGGACCACUCGCGUAAUCCACGAUUCCGAAGAUGAUGGCGCCGAUACACUUGAUCUACCUGGUCCUAUGGCAACUGGGAACCGGGUCUCGGGGAAUCUUGAGGUGGUGAUUCCAGUAAAGAAGAGUGAGUCUGAAUCGCCGAGCGAAUUCACUUCGCGAGACUCUUCGGGGAACCCAUCGCUCGAUGGAAUUACUGGUUACAGUACUCCGGCCACCAGUGUCGGCGUCACUGCCGCUGAAUCAGAUUCAAAACCUCGGACUCGGACUCGCAUCAACGCAUCAACCCGUGCUCAGCAACUGCGCUCGAGUGCUUUGUCUCUGCAAAGCCUCCCAAGAGGGAAAAAGAGACCAGCGGCUUCUAUGGAAGCCGAUGAAGCGGUUCGCGAAGCCACCGAUGCAGCUUUGGCCCACGCGCUUCAGAUAGAGGAAUAUGAUCGAUCCUCCAAGAAACAGAAGACUACCCAAAAUGCUUAUUCGGAGAACCAGGAAGAUUCAGGGACUUCCACGAGAUCUCUACAUGAUUCCGACCUGACAGACUUGGAUCAAUCACUCUCUCCGCUGAGCCAAGAGCCCGAAGACUUGUUCCAGCCGGACUAUUAUCAAAAAUUCUCUGAGGGUGAGGAUGAUGACAUGAAUCAAGGUGAUUAUGAAGACGAAAUCGCUCGAUCUGGGGCUGGCAAUGGUAGUUCAGAUGACGAUGAGCCGCCCCUAAGCUGGGAGGAGCAGCGGAAAGCUCGCCGUGUUAUGGCAGACCGGCGGAAGCUCGAGAAACAUCACCCAAGUCUCCGUUCCUUGUGGGAUUACCUGAAAGCGAAACCUAUUCUCACCCCGAAAGCCGCCAAGCAGCCUGUGUCAAUAUCUCGCAACUUGAAACCUUUUCAACUGGAAGGUUUGUACUGGAUGAUGGAACAGGAAAAGACUUCAUACAGGGGCGGCCUGCUUGGUGAUGAAAUGGGCAUGGGAAAGACCAUUCAAGCGGUCUCUUUGAUCAUGUCCGAUUUUCCACAGCGUGCACCAACCCUAGUCAUAGUACCUCCCGUGGCUCUCAUGCAAUGGGUCUCUGAGAUAAAGGACUACACCGACGGUAAACUGAAAGUCCUUGUCUUCCACAAUUCUGACUCCAAGGUGAAAAACCUCACCAAGACAGAUCUUGGGAAAUACCAUGUGAUCAUGAUAUCCUAUUCAAGCCUGGAGUCCACCUACCGCAAGCAAGAAAAGGGUUGGUCUCGUAGCGGUGGGACUGUCAAAGAAGACAGUGCCAUCCAUUCCCUCCAUUAUCACCGGCUCAUUCUGGAUGAGGCGCACAGCAUCAAGCAACGUACUACGGGUGUGGCCAAGGCUUGCUUUGCUUUGAAGGCCAACUACAAGUGGUGUCUUUCUGGCACACCAGUGCAGAACCGGAUUGGGGAAUUCUUUUCCCUGUUGCGCUUUCUGCAGGUUCGUCCAUUUGCAUGCUAUUUUUGCAAGCAAUGCAAAUGCGAACAACUUCAAUGGACCUCCAAUAAAGAGGGCCGUUGCUCUGAAUGUUCACAUACGGGCUUUCACCACAUCUCGAUCUUCAACAAGGAAAUUCUUAAUCCAAUCACCGAGGGAAGAACCCAGCAGGAACGAAAAGCGGGCCUGUCAAAGCUCAGACUAAUUACUGACCGAAUCAUGCUUCGACGCAUGAAGCAAGAGCAUACAUCUUCCAUGGAGCUUCCGCCUAAACGCAUUACCUUGCACAAUGAAUUCUUCGGCGAGAUUGAACAUGAUUUCUCUCGCAGCAUCAUGACCAAUUCGACCCGACAGUUUGAUACCUACGUCAGCCGUGGUGUCAUGCUGAACAACUACGCCAACAUUUUCGGACUGAUUAUGCAGAUGCGCCAAGUUGCCAACCACCCGGACCUCAUCUUGAAGAAACAAGUGCAACCGGGCUUCAACAGUUUUGUUUGCCGCGUCUGUGAUGAACCUGCAGAGGAUGCGAUUCGAUCUCGGUGCCGCCAUGAGUUCUGCCGACAGUGUGCCAAAGACUACAUUCAGUCUUUCGAUGCCGCAUCAACUGUUGACUGCCCGCAAUGCCACAUUGCUCUUUCGAUUGAUUUGGAACAACCCACCAUCGAGCAGUCUGAAGACUCGGUCAAGAAGAACUCGAUCAUCAAUCGCAUUCUCAUGGAAGGCUGGACCUCAUCGACCAAAAUUGAGACGCUGCUCUACGAGCUCUACCAGCAAAGAAGCAAGAGCCACACGCCGAAAUCGAUCAUUUUCUCGCAAUUCACUUCCAUGCUCCAGCUUGUCGAAUGGCGUCUGCGCCAUGCGGGGUUCAAUACGGUGAUGCUCGAUGGCUCGAUGACCCCGGCGCAACGACAAAACUCCAUUGAUCAUUUCAUGAAUAAUGCCAACGUCGAAGUGUUUUUAGUUUCCCUCAAGGCAGGUGGUGUGGCACUUAACUUGACGGAGGCAUCGCGAGUCAUCAUUAUUGAUCCGUGGUGGAACCCGGCAGCCGAAUGGCAAAGUGCCGACCGCAGUCACCGCAUCGGCCAACAACGGCCUUGUGUGGUCACUCGGCUCUGUAUCGAAGAUUCGGUUGAAUCUCGCAUCGUUCAACUUCAGGAGAAAAAGGCCAAUCUCAUCCAGGGCACCAUCAACAAGGACCAAGACAAAGCCUUGGAAAAGCUGACCCCCGAAGACAUGCAAUUUCUCUUCCGGGGUUCGUAA